AUGUCUGGAGGAGAGGUGGUAUACACAGUGCUGGAGGUGCUGAUCGCCAUUGCCUGCUGCCUGGGAAAUGUGCUAGUUAUCUGGGCAGUGUGGUCAAGCAGUGCUCUGCGGCAGCCCAUCUUCUGCUUUAUGGUUUCUCUGGCUGUGGCUGACUUCCUCGUAGGGUCUGUGGCCAUGCCGCUGGCUGUACUGGUGGAUGGACGGGUGCAGACCUCGUUCAAUGUCUGUCUCUUCAUUAGCUGCGUGGUCAUCAUGUUGACAGUGGCCUCAGUCUUGUCUCUGCUAGCCAUUGCUGUGGACCGAUACCUACGUGUCUUCAUCCCUCUCAGGUACAAAAAGACGGUAACAGAGAGAAGAUCUUGGGUGGUAGUAGCAACAUGUUGGUUUGUUGCUUUUAUAUUGAGCUUCCCUCCCAUGUUUGGAUGGUACAAUCGUGAAACGUUGUCUCACUCAGAGAACUCAACCACAAUCCUCUGCCAUUUCCUGGCUGUGAUCCCCAUGUCAUACAUCGUUUACUUCAAUUUCUUCCUCUGCAUCCUCACCCCGUUAAUUGUCAUGGCUGUCCUGUACAUCUACAUCUUCUGUACCAUCUGGAGGAACCUGAGGGAGAAAGCAGGGCAUGGGGCCCAGUCCCACACCUACUUCAGGAAGGAGAGGAGCCUGGCCCAAUCCCUGGCUCUGGUCCUAGUGCUGUUUGCCUUCUGCUGGCUCCCCCUACACAUUAUGAACUGUGCUGCCUACUUUGGCAGCCCGUCAGACAUACCCCACACAGCCUUCUAUGUGGGCAUCCUCCUUUCCCACGCCAAUUCAGCGGUCAACCCAGUCGUCUAUGCCUUCAAGAUCCGCAGGAUCCAGGUAGCGUACCUGAGGAUCUGGAGGAGGUUCUUUGUGUGUCGCGAUGACAACCAGGGCUCUCAGAGCAAUCAUUCCACUGAGCACAACCUCAGCAGCAACCCUAACAAUGUGAGCAAAGGAUAG